AUGCCAGAUGAGCGACCUCAAUAUUUCGCCAAUGGAGAUUUUGAUCGAGUCGCCAACGAUAUAAUUAGCAGUCCAAGGCGAGGGAAGCCAGAGAAUUUCGAUUUUCUGUUCAAAAUCAACGAGAAACAACAGGAAUACUAUACAAAAUGCUUCAAACAUCUUAUAAAAACUACACAGGUAUGAAAUUUCGAAAAAUAUUUUAAAAUUAUCAUUUUCAAAAGUUUUUUAGGGAGGAAAAAUUGAUAUGAAUGGUGCUCUUUGUGGUGCAGAUGAAAGGAUUGUUGCUUUCUUCAAAAGGAGUUCAUUAGAUGUCGGAAGUUUAUCAAAAAUAUGGUCAUUAGCAGAUGUUAAUGAAGAUGGCUGGCUUGAGUUAGCUGAAUUUUCAAUUGCUAUGCAUUUAGUGGUUCUGAAAGUGAAAGGAGAAGUUCCAAUCCCGGAUGUCUUGCCAGAUUUUUGUAGACCCGCCAUGACGCCACAAAGAGGAAGUGAACCACCUUUUGUUCAUUCAAGUUGGGCUCCUUCACCAUCACCUCUACCCGAUAAACCGAUUAUAAAACAGUUUUCUGAUACGCCUCCAUUGUUAGUUGAUAGUCGACCAACAGCAAUAAAACACUGUGAGUUUCAACACAAUAUCAUCGGGAGAUAAUCUAAGUUUUCAGCUGCAUUAAUGGCAUUAAAAAGUCCAUCUGGACCUCCUCCAGCUCCUCCACAUAGACCACAAUCAAAAGGACAUGGAAGAAGUGCUAGUCUUGAUUUGAAAAUGAUUGCUUUCAACAAUGGAAUCAGACCAUUCCCACCUUCAUCUUUAGCUUUAUGGUCAACAACAGCAAAUUCAGAAGUUGCAGAAGAUCAAGAAAUUUCAUCGAAUAUAGCAACAACCUCAACAAAUUUCGCCUCAUUUCCCGGAACACCUGAUAGUCUUCUAACAGUUCCUCCACCUAUUCCUCAACGAACUUCACCUUCCCCCCUUCUAAAAAAAUCGCCUGUCAGUGGAAUAUCGGUUGGAACUCAAACUGAAUUAAAAAUAUAUGAUGAAGAAGAAGUUCGUCAAUUCAUUACGGGAAUGGAUGGGAAAAUGGAACAUUUGAUUGGCGAAGAAUUAGAAGCACAAGAAGGAAAAGGCGUUGAAAGAUGGAGUAAAAGGUGUGAAGCAUUACGACAACAAAACGCUGAGCUUGAAUUAGAGAGGGCCAGAUUGGCGCAAGUUCGAAUUCAGCUCGAAAUACGGAUUCAAGAAUUUCAAGAUCGUCUCAAAAUGUCGUCGGUUUAA